GCAAAAUGAGUGUUCCUGACUACAUGCAGUGUGCUGAGGAUCAUCAGACUCUCCUGGUUGUGGUUCAGCCGAUUGGCAUUGUACCCGAAGAGAGCUUUUUCAGGAUCUACAAGCGAAUUUCAGCAGUGAGUCAAGUUAACGUGCGUGACUCUCAGCGUGUGUUGUAUAUCCGUUAUAGGCACCAUUAUCCCCCAGAGAACAAUGAAUGGGGGGAUUUUCAGACACACCGCAAAGUUGUGGGGCUGAUAACUAUUACGGACUGUUCUUCUGCGAAGGACUGGCCUCAGACUUUUGAAAAAUUCCAUCUUCAAAAGGAAAUGUAUGGUUCUACUCUCUAUGAUUCCCGGUUGUUUGUCUUUGGGCUUCAAGGAGAGAUUGCAGAGCAGCCCCGCACAGACGUGGCGUUUUAUCCUAGUUACGAUGAAUGUGAAACUGUGGAGAAGAGAAUAGAAGAUUUUAUCGAAUCCCUCUUCAUAGUGUUGGAGUCUAAGCGGCUUGACAGAGCUACCGAUAAGUCUGGAGACAAGAUCCCGCUCCUCUGUGUUCCUUUUGAGAAGAAGGAUUUUGUAGGUCUCGACACAGAUAGUAGACACUAUAAGAAGCGUUGUCAAGGCCGGAUGCGGAAACAUGUUGGUGACUUGUGUUUACAAGCUGGCAUGUUACAAGAUUCCUUGGUGCAUUAUCACAUGGCAGUGGAACUUCUGCGAUCUGUGAAUGACUUUCUGUGGCUUGGAGCUGCUCUUGAGGGGUUAUGCUCAGCAUCAGUCAUCUAUCAUUAUCCAGGUGGUACUGGAGGUAAAGUUGGAUCUCGCAGGGCACAAGGAGGUUCUCUUUCUGCUGAGGCAGGCAACAGGCACAGACCAGGGGCACAAGAAGUUCUCAUUGAUCCAGGUGCGCUGACUUCAAACGGUAUAAAUGCAGAUACCAGUUCUGAGAUAGGACGUGCCAAGAAUUGCCUUAGUCCUGAAGAUAUCAUAGACAAAUACAAAGAAGCCAUUUCUUACUAUGGCAAGUACAAGAAUGCUGGUGUGAUUGAACUGGAAGCCUGUGUGAAGGCAGUGAGAGUCCUUGCAAUACAGAAAAGGAGCAUGGAAGCCUCUGAGUUUCUUCAGAAUGCAGUUUAUAUCAACCUUCGUCAGCUUUCAGAAGAAGAAAAAAUCCAGCGUUACAGCAUUCUUUCUGAGCUCUAUGAACGUAUUGGUUUUCACCGAAAGUCUGCUUUUUUCAAGCGUAUAGCAGCAAUGCAGUGCGCUGCACCUAGCAUCCCAGAGCCUGGGUGGAGGGCCUGCUAUAAACUGCUUUUGGAAACUCUCCCUGGCUAUAGCUUAUCAUUGGAUCCUAAAGAUUUUAGCAAAGGAACUCAUAGAGGAUGGGCUGCAGUACAGAUGCGUUUGCUUCAUGAGCUAGUAUAUGCUUCCAGAAGAAUGGGCAAUCCUGCUCUCUGUGUCAGGCAUCUGUCUUUCCUUCUCCAGACCAUGCUGGAUUUUCUUUCUGAUCAAGAAAAGAAAGAUGUAACACAGAGCUUGGAAAGCUACACGGCAAAAUGCCCUGGUACAAUGGAAUUCAUCACUCUUCCAGAUGGUUUGAAGUUACCUCCUGUUCCAUUCACCAAAUUGCCUAUUGUGAGAUCUGUGAAGCUCUUGAACCUCCCAACCAGUCUCCGACCUCACAAAAUGAAAAGUCUACUUGGCCAGAAUGUGUCAACCAAAAGCCCCUUCAUAUAUUCUCCAAUUAUUGCGCACAGUCGGGGGGAAGAACGAAAUAAGAAAAUAG